AACUGCGCAUGUCACAUCCGGGCAAUUUACUACAUUUUCCGAUGUUUAGCUCCAGUGGUUCAAAUUUGUAAACCGUAUUCUCUGUUUAAUUUUAGUACAUAGUAAUGCAUUUCGUUCAGUUUCUUUAAAAGGUAUUCAACACUUUUUCUUUCGCAUCUGGUUUUUCCUUGUAUUUAGUUUCCCGUCGUUCUAAACAACAGUAGUUUUCAUCGGAGACACAUAUAGCAAUUUCACUAGUUUCACCAAAACAAAUUUUGCAAUUAGUUAAAAAGAAGAAUGGAAGUAGAUAGAGGUAUAAAUUCGGACGAUAAUGGAAGAGACACUCCAAAGGAGGGUUAUGAAUUGCCAACACGGAUCGAUACUCCAGGGCCCAUACCAAAAUACAUGUAUAGUAGGGAUAAGUUGAUUGACCUCUCGACAUGUAGAUUGGCAAAGGAAAGGCCGCCUUGUCUGUCUAAGGACCAUUGCUCGCCUGAGGGGAUAUGGGAACCAGAGAGGUGGUUUCGAUCUUUUGACACUUCUCGUGGGAACUCCCCCCUCAUGGUCGGAGACAAAAAGCGUCCCCCAGACCUAGACAGAGACUACAUCAACAGGAGGAGACCAUCGGACCCCAAGGAGCGUUUGAAGGACGACAAAGACGGGAUAGUUCUGAGUCCGCAGCGUAGGAGUUUCGGGACGGGUUGUCAUGUCAGCAAUCAUGUUCCCCUGGGUCGACAGAUCAGUAUACCCGGGCAGGAGAACGGAGAAAACAGAGAGAGAAACCCCAGAAGGAUCGGCAGUGGACGUAUCCAGAUUGAUCGGGAUCGGGAGCGGGAACCAGCUCACCAGGAACGGGACUUUCGAGCGAUCCGCGACCGAUUUGACCGUGAAGACCGGCGAUUUGAUAACAGAGACAACAGGAAUUAUGGGAGGCGUGAAUUUGAAGACAGAAACUACAGAGAACGAGGUCACUACAACAACAACAGAAAUCGAAGAGACUCUUACCGCAAUCGCAACGAGGAGGAGCCAGAGUGGUUCACAGAGGGACCGACCAGUCAACAUGAUCGGAUCGAACUCCACGGGUUUGAGCAGCGAUCCAACUCAACUCCAGAUAAGGAAGACGAGAACUGGAGGCAGGCGGAGCGACAAGAAUCCAGACAGGAGAUCAAGAAAGGAACGCCCCAUAAAGAGGAGGAUGAGGAGACCAAUCACCGGAGGGAGUCUGUUGCAAAUGUGACAGAUAGAAAUGGAAGUCUGGAAACAAAUGAACCAAGUUCUCCCGAGGAAUCGAAUAACUCUGACAGCAUCAACGUACAGUCACCACGCCACAACAAUCUGUUUGACUUCAAUGAGUUCUUUAAGCUGGAGAACCUGCCUGGACUUCACGAAGGAGCCAGUCCAAGUACAGACUUUACUGGACUCCAGAGUCGCUUCAGUAAGUGGUUCUCCAACAGCAGUCGAGACAACAGUAGGCGGUCAUCUAUCAAUGAGGACUUUGGCUACUUAAAUGAUUUGCUGAGUGGUUCCAAGAGUCCAGUGGUCCCUUCCCCUCCCCCACCCUCGGCCAACUCUUUCUCUCAUCAGUCGGUGUUCUCCACCUCAGCCAACAGCACAUUCCAAGAUAAACCACAGCAGUUGAGUUAUGACUUCUCUUCUGUACAGAAGAACACCAUAGGACCCAUGCUGAACGCCUUGUUCCAGAACUCUUCACACGACCGAUCUCACAGAAGCAGCACCAGCAGUAUGACUGCCCAGGAUGCUGAGGCUCAGCUGAAGGCAUUGUUAUUUGGGAGGAAGGGUUCCACUCCAUCAAGCAGUGGCACAGGCAGCCCAGCGGUGGCUUCUCCACUUCAUAUGCCUGGACGAUUCAAGACAGUUGCAGAAUUAGAAGCUGACAUGGCACCCAACAAUAACCGAACCUACACCCCUCCUGGUGCCCCUAUACAGCACCCUUUGGUGACCCAGCCAGCUCAGCAAAAGGCGUCCAAGCCCCCACCCCCUGCACAGUCGCCCAAAGAACAGCAAGACGAUCUUGCUGCCUUCAACAAGCUUCUAAGUCUCAUGCAGGCUGGAGCAGCAGCAGCCGUGGAGUCUCCUAACAAAAUGUCACAAACUGCUCAACGCAAUCCUGAGCAGAGGACCAUGUCUCCUAUUUUCUUGAGUCAGCCCCCACCCUCCUCCAACAAUGUACCACCCCCUGGACAGCCCCCACUCACCCCAGGCAGUGUGGCUCAGAAUGAAUUUCUGCAGGCUUUGCUACGUAACAAGGAGCAACAGUUACAGAUCCGUCAGCACACUCUGAAUCACAUGCGGGGAAGUGUUCAUCUCAACAACCAGUCCACCCCUAUAGCUCAACAAGCACAGAACUUCCAGCAAACACCCCCCUCGGGAGGAGGCCCCCCACCCCCCAGACACCCGGACAACUCUGAGACCCUAGCCAACUUCAUCAAACAGAAUCCCACCAUCAUUACCAAACCCUCCACCCCCACCCCUCCCCCCCAGCAGCCCCCUCCUCCCAUGCCACCGGUUCCAGCAGUUCACUCCCCUCUGGCGCCCCACCCCGGUCAGGCUGCAGUCAUCGGGCUGAUGCAGAACACGCCAUCCCCACGGGCGGCCUCUCCACAACUGAUUCAACAGGCCCUGCUCGCUCAGCCAGGGUCCCCAAGGGUACCAUCACCCAUUAUGUUCAGUCAGCAGCCACCGAUGCAUCUGAGUGCUCCAUCCCCCAUCCACCCCUCACAGAUCGCAGGCAAAUCUUCUCCUGUGUCCAUGCAGGCAGCUACCAACCUAUCUUCCACUGGUACAGCCACUAUACGACCCCCUCUGGUGCCUCGAGUCCCCAGCCCCCAGGAGCUGAUCGCCCACACACAGGCCAUCAUGCAGACCGCCCUCCUCAAAAAACAGCUGGAGGAUCAGAAGGAGCGAUUCAUAAAGAAACAGCAAGAGAGAGGAAAGUCUCCGAAUCCUACGACCCCACAGGGAAAAGUAGCAGCACCCCCAGGCCAGCAGCAGCCUAGCCCUGCCUCCCCCCGCCUGGUGCCCAGUGGACCCUUACCUGCCUCCUCCCUCCCCCAGCCUCUCACCCCCCAGAGCACACCUUCAGCACAGUCAAUGCCUGGUUCUAAGCCUUCAGUAACUGCUUCCUUUACGCCGACAUCUGUCAUCAGAAAGAUGCACUCUGACAAAGCGAGCGAGAAGGAGAAGCAGAGAGGUGAUGGACCGAGGAUGGAGGGAGCCGAUGGUGACAAGAAGGUUCCGCCGGUGAAGCAGCUGGUGAGGUCUGAGGAGGGUAGAGAGCUCCAGGGACAGGAUUCCCGGAGGCCGGAGCAGAACGUCUUUGACUUCCGGACGCUGACCAACCCCAGCCAGGUUUCUGUCUGUUCUAGUCACCCCUCCCUGUCUGUGGGACCCAGCACUGUCUCCACCAGUCAGCCCAGCAUCAGCUCACACAAUCACAUGCCAAACCUCAGCAUUCCUCCCCCCUCACUGGCCAAUCAGAGUGGCCUCCCUUCACUGGCCAAUCAAAACUCACCACAGUUCUCUAGAAACAACUCCAUUGAUCAGCAGCAGAUGGCAGCGGUGGAUCAGGUGGCUGCUCUCCAGGCAAUGAUGGCCGCUGACCGGCUGAAGCAGCAGCCACAGGUCCGACCGGUGAUGGGGACCCCCCUCUCCUCUAGUGUGGCCAUGCAGUCAGCUGGAAGGCCCAUUGUCAAAGGAGUCAACAUGAAUUCUUCAUUCCCACAACAAAACCAAGCCCAGCUAAAGAUGAUGAGUCCACAGAUCUCUAACCCUAACAUGGUCAAACCUGACCUUCAGACGCCCCCUCAGCGUCCAAUCGUAGGCUCCGGCACCACACCUAUCUCCUCCGCAAGUGUUGAUUUGUCCAAAGUUCUGCAGCAAAGGCAUGUCAUUUCACCAAAUCCCAUGACCCGCCCGUCUAUGGGGACCCCCCAGGGUCUCCCCAUGGGAAUCCCCAUUACUGGGAGACUACCCCUACAGCCCCCGGUCAGUGUGGGCCACAAUCCUCUACUGAUGCAGCAGGUUAUGCAGGGCAACCUCUCACAAACAACAGUCAGAGUAAACACACUCAACCAAAUGGGCCAUCUGAACCAAAUGGCGAUGCAGGCUCAGCAUCAGAGAAUUGUGGACCCCCGACUACAGGGGAUCAGAGGAGUGUACACGCCCCCUGUGUCUGGGGUGGCCCCCAGGGGCAUGGGAGGCUCACCACUAAUGAACAGGACCCUGACCCCAGGGAAACAAGUUUUGAACGGGCCAAUUUCACCAAACAGUGGUAAAGGCAAUGAACCCAAUCUGAUGAAGUGGUUUGGUACAGAUGUCCUGAAAACUUCCCUCCCCCACAUGCCCCCGAUCCCCACCCAGGGGCAACGGGUGAUGACCGUGGAUGAAAUAGAGCGCCACACACAGGCUGUGUCGAACUAGGAGGAAGUAACUCUGCACAUUUAUUCUUAAAAGCUAGUCGUAAUGUUGUGAUUGAGAGGUCCAUGUGGUAGAGGAGUGCUAUGAUGAAUGACUGAAGUGCAUUUAGUAUGUAUUUCAUUUUUUCAACAUUUCUACUUGUCCAUUAGUUUUUGAUAUUUUUCUUUUGCCAUCUUGUGCUUUUUUAAACAGAGAUACGGUUCCUUAUUUGGGCUAAAAAAAAAUAUCAACAUGUCGCAAACAACGGAAUGAAGCUGUAAAUAGUGCUUGUUAAUAUCUGUGUAAAUAGUCUGUGUUUCUGUACAUAGGUUCUUGUGUAUUAUUUGAAAUGUUCCUUUCCUGAUUGAUAUUGUAAAUCAAUGUUAUACAUUGUAUGUCUAUUUUAUGUAUAUACUGUACCAGAGUUAUCCCCCCACUCCAAAGGAGAAGGGGGAGAAAGACACCCCAUAGGACUCAUUGAUUUUGUUACCUUACAUUGUGCAAGAUUUUGUUGAUUUUUGUGUAUUAUAGAUUCACCCCCCUCCCCCCCAUGGUGGUGUAUAUACAUACAUUACCCCUCCCCCCAGGUCUGUGCCAGUCAACUAGUCUCUAGAAUUAUUCAAGUGCUACUUAUCACUGAACACUUUGUUGUCUUUGCCCUUUAACUGUGUUCUGAUGUCAUCAUUGAUUAGGCAGAUAAAAAAUUAAAAGAAGAAAAAACAAUGCAAUGGCUGAUGGUCGUACGAAUAUAGAAAUAGGGCAAUACAAUGUACCAUUGAAUGCAUGGGUAUUAGAUGACACAGUAUUCAGUGUUGAAAGUUUUUUGUUUUCCUUUCCUUUAAAAAUGUGCUGUACCAACCCCCAAUGUUACAUUAAUGUAAUUGUCUAGAAUUGUAAAUAGUUUACAUAUAGCUUUUAGUUAUAUAUUAAAAUGUCCAUAACUAAAAAAAAUGUUGAAUUGUUUUAUUGAUACACUGUAGAUUUAUAAAGUUUCUUUUUUUGAAACGUGGAUAUUGUCAAAUUGUUUAAUGACAGUUUCUUGUAUGUAGCAUAUCAUUUUCACCUUACAUGUCACACACAACCCUGCUUCAAACAUGUGACAGUCUUUAUUCAUAAUUCUUGGAUCAGAAAACACAUUGUUUCCUGAAUAUGGUGCAAUUUAAAUUUUGUCUUGCUUGUUUGUUCUUAUUGGCUACCCGUGUGUGUAUCAGCAGUUAACACAAAUCAAUGUAUAGUAAGAUACUCAGUCACGUAUAUAGUAUAUCUAUAAUUUUCUAUGUCAAUUUUAAUCGAAUUCAGCAGUGUUUUCCGAUCACAAUUGGUUUUGAUAAUAUUUUUUUUGGUGUGUGUGUGUUUGUACAUAGAUGUAAUGAAUUUUUUGCUUUCUUUUUGAAUGGCUGCAGCCUGUAAGACUGUUUAUAGAUUUGUGAAUAGAAGUGUAAGAAAAGACUUGAUGAAUUCCUGGAUGUAUCGGAUCCAGGGUUGGUCAGGAUUCAACGUCAAGAUCUGUACAUAGUGUUAUCUCGAAAGCUGUCUAUUAUUUUCUCUCUAUCCGAGUUCAUUGUGUGUGACUAUUUUGUUGUUGUACAGUUAACUCGUUGGAUUAUUGGUUUACACAUUUACUAAUAGUGCUUAUUAUAUUUAUAUGUUAAAAUUGUAUGUACAUUUAUUGAAUUUUUUUUCUCUCAUGUGACCAAACCUGUAGAGGAAUAGUUAUUUUUGUUUCAUUCUUGCUAUACUCCAGAAUACAAGAAUGGAUAUGACUGAAGAGGAAACAUAUUUUUUUGUUUACAUAUUUUAGUCACAAUAAAAACAGGUGGCAGAUAAGGGAUUGUGUGGAAAAUUCCCAAAGGAAGGUCAACUGAGUUCCGGAAGGUCAUCUGAGUUCAGAAAGGUCAUCUGAGUUCAGGUGGAAGAGGAUGGUGGUUAUGGUGUUAUAUUUGAACACCAGUGUAUGUCGGUUGAAAUUGGUCUUAGUGCCAAUUCCACAACUGUAUUAAAUUGAUUUUGUUCCUUUACAUGAAAAGUUUUCUUGUGGGCAUUUAGAUAAAGUUUUCAUAUCUCUGUAGAAUAACAAAUCUUUCAAUCAGUAUAUGUGUAACAAGAUUUUUUUUACUAUAACUGUAACAAACAAUGAAUCUUUAACUUUUCCUGAGGUGCACAUGGAAACCAAAUAAGUUUUUAGAAAUGUUAUCAUUAUUUCUGUUUGUGGACCAAAAUGACAAACACUCCAGGACAGGAGAUGGGGGGUGAUAUUGGGUAGUAUAAGUUGUUGAUUCAUUAAUUAGAGCUUCAUGUGUGCAAGAGGCUUGAAUGGGAUGAGAAGAAUUGUGAGUGAGAUUUCAUCCAUUUUCUCUGUGUCAAGUAAAUGUUUUGAUGUUGACAGACAUUUAAAACCUUGCAAAAUGUUGUUUAUCAGGCUGGUAGUGAGAUAAAGUGGCUGACCCCUGACCUUUGGCUUGGUUCCUGUAGUUAUGAUUCUUCUUGAAUAUUCUUCCUUUGCUAGCUAUAAUUGAAUUCCACUUUGUAAUGUUCCUUGUGUAUGUGGCGAAUUUCAGUUCUCUUAAAUUGUAAAACAUGAUGGAAGUUGUUUAUAUUUUUAAAAUGAUCAAUGUGCACUAAAUGCAGCACACAACUAAAAUAGAAUUGGCAAAGUCCCCUUCUUUCUGAAGCAAUUUUACUUGUCAAGUACUGCAUACUGUGUAUGAUAGUGUUUGCUUUUUUGGUACCUUUGUCCAAGUUUCCUAUUUCAUUGAAAAGUUUUGUAAUUUAAAAUAUGAAUGUUUAUAUCGUACAUGCAUUUUGUUCAUUAACUUUUCAGUGGAUGCAUGUAUUCUGCCAAGGUUUUGUUGCAUGUUAAAAUAACAGUAUGAGUAUUUAUUGAGCCUGUUUUGUAAUUUUAUACCAGGGGAAAAAAUAUUGAAUUGUUUUGUCCAUUUGAUUGUAUUUAGUUUAAAAGAGGCCAAGUGCUUGGGUUCCUGUUCAUUUUAUCUCAUUGCUUUUCUGAAAUAAAGAAUGAAAUCUUGA